UUUUUCCCCAGUUCUUCCUUUGGCUUGAAUCUGUUAGUUUAACUUGACGCUUCUGGGUAUUCCAACCUCAAUUUUAAGGCAUUUUGGCAGCUUCAGUGGUGUUUUCAUCAUUUUUUACCGCUGCUCUACUUGCUGAGAAUCUCUUACAUGACAAGAUACAGAGACCAUUCCAGGGAUUUUCAUAGUUAAUUCUUUUUGAAGCUACUUCUGAGUGCCUUCAAGGAUAAAAUGUCCUUAGUUAAGCCUGCAGAUCCAUCUUCCACUUCAUAUGGCAAAUCCCAACUCUACAUGCUUAAAGGCAGCAGUGACAGCACCCGAUUAUCUUCUCAAGCCUUGAGUUCAGAUAAACAAAAGUUCAAGUAUGGACCUGAAUCUUACUGUUGUGAGAACUACAACCAGCAGUACUUCUCUGAAUCCCCUGGUGAAGAUUUUCUUGCUUCACAGGAUGAGUUUCGUCAUCCAUCGAGCACUGAUGUUUCAAGAAGCAUGUUUUCUCCACAAGGUGUAUCAUCCUAUCAGCUAAUGACUGGCUCAGGUUCUGCUACUGUACAGAACUCAUUUGACUCUUUUGCAGCCAUUGGACACCCUGAUGGCUAUCAAUCUCAAUCGUCAUCCGAAUACUACGGACAGAGCCCUGAAAAUAUAGUAUUAGACUAUGAUGAUGAUGAUGAUGAAGAUAUCACAUUUAAACUUAAGGAACUGGAGAGGGAGCUCCUUAAUGACAACGAUGACGAUGAACGAUUUGUUCUGGACCAUAGCAUGGACAUUGAUGGUGAAUGGGCUGGCCCCAUCAAGGAUCUACUACUGCCCAACUCACCAAAGGAAUCAUCAUCCUCAGACUCUAAUCUUAGUAGCAUCAGUAGCAACAAAGAGACAUCCCCAUUGAAUCAUGUCUCAAGCCCAAACUCAUCUAGAACCCCAACUGCUAAGCAGUUGCUUUUUGAAUGUGCUGCUGCAAUUUCAGAAGGCAACAUGGAAGAAGCAUUAGCCCUUAUUGCUGAGCUGAGACAGAUGGUUUCCAUCCAAGGAGAUCCUGCACAGAGGAUAGCAGCCUACAUGGUUGAAGGCCUUGCAGCCCGCAUGGCUGCAUCUGGCAAAUUCCUAUACAAGGCUCUGAAAUGCAAGGAGCCACCCACUUUGGACCGUCUUGCAGCAAUGCAGAUCCUCUUUGAAAUUUGCCCAUGUUUCAAGUUUGGGUUCAUGGCUGCCAAUGGUGCAAUAGCAGAGGCAUUCAAAGAUGAAGAAAGAGUCCAUAUUAUAGACUUUGACAUAAACCAGGGGAGCCAGUACAUCACGCUGAUACAAGCUUUUGCAGCUCGGCCAGGUAAGCUGCCCAAUGUAAGGAUAACUGGAGUGGAUGACCCAGAGUCAGUGCAACGUACAGUCGGUGGCCUAAACAUUAUUGGUCAGCGACUCGAGAAGUUUGCUGAGGCAUUUGGGGUGCCAUUUAAGUUCCGAGCUGUACCAGCCAAGACUGAAGAUGUCACCCCAGCAAUGCUGGACUGCAGACCCAGUGAAGCACUUGUUGUCAACUUUGCCUUCCAGCUCCACCACAUGCCUGAUGAGAGUGUCUCAACAUUAAACCAGAGGGACCAGCUCCUACGCAUGGUGAAGAGCUUGAAUCCAAAACUAGUGACAGUGGUCGAGCAAGAUGUUAACACCAACACUGCCCCAUUUUUCCCAAGGUUUGUUGAGGCCUACAAUUAUUAUUCAGCUGUGUUUGAAUCACUCGAUGCAACACUACCGAGGGAGAGUCCAGACAGGAUAAAUGUGGAAAGGCAGUGCCUUGCACGAGACAUUGUCAAUAUCGUGGCAUGUGAAGGUGAAGAAAGGAUAGAGAGGUAUGAGGUCGCAGGGAAAUGGAGGGCAAGGAUGAUGAUGGCUGGAUUCCAGUCGUAUCCACUGAGUGCAUAUGUGAACGAGGCCAUCCGAAAACUUCUGAAGCAAUACUGUGACAGGUAUAAGAUUAAGGAGGAGGGCGGUGCCCUCCACUUUGGAUGGGAGGAGAAAAUACUGGUAGUAUCUUCAGCAUGGAAAUGAUGAGCUUCAUUGGAUCACUUCCCUUUUUAUGUUCUUUGUGCUAGACAUUGGCUUUUUAUUAUAUCUUGUGUAUAUUUAUGCAUGGAUCAGGAUGAUAGGAUGAUCUAAUUCUGACUAGGUUGGAGGAAAUAAGAGAGGGUUUUUAGUUCUUGAAC